CAUGGCGCCGUGCACGCUGCGUGCAUUCACUUCACAGUGCAGCAAGUGAGGGCAGACUCCAUGUAACGAGGACUAGGAGGAAGUGUGGGCCCCUGUAUAACUGGCUGGGAGACCCCGCCCCGGCCUCUUUCCGCUCCGAGCUCCGACCGGUUAACACACGGCCGAGGAGACACGUGAGUGUAAAUCGCCUUUAACUAGUGCUUGUCUCGGGUUAUUACCGGCGGGAUCCGGGUGUGCGGGCUGGGAAUCAGAGCUAGUACUGGGGAUAGCGCAUGCAGGACUCGGCUACUUACUAUAACAGUCACUGAGAGCAGGGAGUGCAGGGAAAGCGUGAACUGCCAGGCCUUGGACCACUCCAGCCAUAUCCCUCUAUAAAACACUAGGGAACACUCUGUAUAGGGAGACCUGCUCUGUAUAUAGUGUAUUCUAGGGAACACUCUGUAUAGGGAGACCUGCUCUGUAUAUAGUGUAUUCUAAAUAACUCUGUAUAGGGUAUUCUAAAUAACUCUGUAUAGGGUAUUCUAAAUAACACUCUGUGUAGGGUAUUCUAAAUAACACUCUGUGUAGGGUAUUCUAAAUAACACUCUGUGUAGGGUAUUCUAAAUAACACUCUGUGUAGGGUAUUCUAAAUAACACUCUGUGUAGGGUAUUCUAAAUAACACUCUGUGUAGGGUAUUCUAAAUAACACUCUGUGUAGGGUAUUCUAAAUAACACUCUGUGUAGGGUAUUCUAAAUAACACUCUGUGUAGGGUAUUCUAAAUAACACUCUGUGUAGGGUAUUCUAAAUAACACUCUGUGUAGGGUAUUCUAAAUAACACUCUGUAUAGGGUAUUCUAAAUAACACUCUGUAUAGGGUAUUCUAAAUAACACUCUGUAUAGGGUAUUCUAAAUAACACUCUGUAUAGGGUAUUCUAAAUAACACUCUGUAUAGGGUAUUCUAAAUAACACUCUGUAUAGGGUAUUCUAGGGAACACUCUGUAUAGGGUAUUCUAGGGAACACUCUGUAUAGGGUAUUCUAGGGAACACUCUGUAUAGGGAGACCCGCUCUGACUUAGGGCUGUUUGCUAAAUUAUGAUCUUACUGUAUAAUUAUAUACAGCUAGUUCAUUAUACAUUAUUUUUUAUUGAAGUAUAAGGUUAUACAGUGCUUCACUAUGGAUGUGAUUAAUAUUAUUUCCACUUUAUUAUGAUCUGUUAUUGUGUGAAGACCAUGCAUGCUUUGGGUAUAUUGUUUUAAGUGUACUGCAUGCGGUUUUACACGUUUAAUAUAUGUUCAAAUACAAACUUGCCUGCAAGUCACAUGUUUAUUACAAUACCAUUAUAAAGCAAUUGCACACUGAGUUUAAAGUGUUUUCUAUAUUGUAGUAUCUGAACUUACAGCAAUACAAGUGGCUAAACUUUUUAAUUACAUUGCUAUACAAAGUGAAAGUCCAUGUUGAUGUUAAAUACGGACAUGGUCCGUUAAAUGUAGUUUUGGGAUUAGUUUUUUGCCUAACAGAUCAGAAUACUGAAUACUUAAAUUUGCAAAUAACUCCACUACGCUUAUUAAUUUGCACGGUUUUCUUUGGAUUUAUAACAUGCCAUUAGAGACCUCCUAUUGCAGUGCUCUCUUCAGGGAUGGCAAAUCUGUGGCCUUCCUGCUUUUGCAUGGAUUUUUUUUUUCUCAAUAUGCUCAGCCAGCAGCAUAGCUAACUUUUAAAGGACCACUAUAGUGCCCUGAGGGUGCCCCACCCUCGGGGUCUCCCUCCCGCCGGGCUCUGGGGAGAGGAAGGGGUUAAACUUACCUCUUUCUCCAGGGCCGGGAGCUCUCCUCCCUUUUCUCCUCUUCGUCUGAAUGCGCAUGCGCGGCAGGAGCUGCACGCGCAUUCAGCCAGUUCAUAGGAAAGCCUUCACAAUGCUUUCCUAUGGACGCUGGCGUCUUCUCACUGUGAAAAUCAUAGUGAGAAGCACGCAAGCGCCUCUAGCGGCUGUCAAGAGACAGCCACUGGAGGCUGGAUUAACCCUAUUAUAAACAUAGCAGUUUCUCUGAAACUGCUAUGUUUAUUUUAAAAAAGGGGUUAAACCUAGCUGGACCUGGCACCCAGACCACUUCAUUAAGCUGAAGUGUUCUGGGUGCCUAUAGUGGUCCUUUAAGUACAAAAAUGGCAGACAGGGUCAUUAUGAGCAGUUAACAUUAGCUCAACAUAGUUUUUCUAUAAGGACUGAUUGAGUUCCACAAUGGUAAUGUCAGGCAGCCGACUGUUUGGAUGACAAUUGUGCCACCAUUGCUUCUUGCAAGCUAUGACAAGCGUUUAGCCAUGGCAUCAUGACAGUCCUGACACAUCUGGUUGAAACUGUUACAUUUAUUUAUUUUGUUAUGUUUGUUCUUACUAUUGAAAGUACCUUGCAGAUUCUGAUAUCUACCCUUUUCUUUCUUGCAGUAUGGCAGACUGGGAGACUGUUCCGGUUGGGUCCGAGACCCCUGAGAUUAAACUGUUUGGGAAGUGGAGCACAGAUGAUGUCCAGAUUAAUGACAUCUCUCUGCAGGUAACAAGCUUCCGAACUUCACAACAUAUUUAAGCACUUGAAAUUUGACUGGAGCAUCAGUAUCGAGUCCUGGAUAUAAAAAAAAAUUUAAACCCUGGUAAUUUUUUGACAUGUUUAAAAUGGACCUGUCCUACACAGGUUUUGAUAAGGUCAUUUAAGACAGGUAGACUGUGUAGUCUUUAUUGACAAGUACUGCUAAUUGAAAGAUAACUUCUGCCGUACAUACAAGGUCCAUGCUAGCAGUUAAACUUGUUUUACUUCUGAUUACAUAGUUACAUAAUUCAUUAAGGUAAAGGUUAAUUAAAUGUAUCAAUAAAAUUGCUAGCCAUUAUUAGUCAUUUCUGAUUGUGAAAAAUAUAUAUGUACUUUAAAUUUCCCUCUAUUGAUGGAGAUUUGUCAUUCUUGUUUGAUAUGUGCUGCAGUUAAAGUCCAGAAAUACAAUAAUUAUGUAUGCUAAAACCAACUCAUGCAAUUCUGCUGUAAGUCAUAUCUGUCCAUAGCUUGACUACCUCUCUGUUUUGUGUAUUUUCAUUCUCAGGAUUACAUUGCCGUGAAGGAGAAAUAUGCAAAGUUCCUGCCACACAGUGGUGGACGUUAUGCUGCCAAACGCUUUCGCAAGGCUCAGUGCCCUAUUGUGGAGCGUCUCACAAACUCCCUCAUGAUGCACGGGAGGAACAACGGCAAGAAGCUCAUGACCGUGCGAAUUGUAAAGCACGCCUUUGAAAUCAUCCACCUGCUGACAGGAGAGGUAAUUAUUCAUCAGUUUUGUUAGUGUAUUUCUAGUCGACGUUGCGCGUGUACUACAUUGAUAUCUAUGGAGGAUCCUGCAGUAGUCUCCAUAGAUAAUGUGCUGAGUGAGAUAAAGCACGUUUUCCUUAGCAGGCUUUGACUUUUGUUAAGUUAGGAUUUUACCACGUGACAGUUAUCCCUACUUUGUUUUAUAUAUUUUGACUGUUUAAACGUAGUCUUUGAGAAUUUAACUUUAUGAAAAUGCCUUUUUUUUUUUUUCAGAACCCUCUGCAAGUCUUGGUGAAUGCCAUCAUUAACAGCGGCCCUCGUGAGGACUCCACUCGUAUUGGAAGAGCUGGAACCGUAAGGAGACAAGCUGUUGAUGUGUCACCUCUCAGAAGAGUUAAUCAGGUGAAUAAGGGAAAAGAAUUGAUCUGCCAGGGAAGGGGUGGUAGUUAUUGCAACAUAGGGCUGUCCAAUGACGCUGUUAAUUCUGAUCAAGUUUAUUUAAGGCAGCCCAAGGGUAUCACCAUAUGGCGAGUUUCUAUUCUAUAGUGCAGCAGAAUCUGAUAAAUCGGAUAUGUAAAAAUAAUUUUGUGAGCUGUGUGGGUUGCAGUACAAGUCAAUUAGACCUAUACUAGUGAUCCAAUUGCUGGUGGUCUUAACACUUUUGUUUCCCCUCUUGCCCAUAGGCUAUCUGGCUCCUGUGCACCGGUGCUCGUGAAGCUGCUUUUAGGAACAUUAAAACCAUUGCAGAGUGUGUUGCUGAUGAGCUGAUCAAUGCAGCCAAGGUGAGCAGAAUGUGUAUGACCCCCUAUAGAAGUGGUUAAUGAGAAAAUAAUUAAAAUUGGGUCUGACAUAACUUUUUGUUUGCAGGGCUCCUCUAAUUCAUACGCCAUCAAGAAAAAGGAUGAACUGGAGAGAGUAGCCAAAUCCAACCGUUAAUGCGCCAGCAGCCUCAAAGGAACAUCGGGCAUCUGUUAUAAUAAAGAUUUGUUAUCUAUUUCUUGAGUCUCUCGGUUUUUCUUUAAUGCAUUUUGUCCCUAGAGUUGUUAAAGUGAAAGGAGAAUAAUAA